AUGCCGCCAGAAACCAUCCUAAUAACAGGCGCAUCCUCCGGUCUCGGUCUCGCAUUCGUUCAAUACUAUGCCUCCCUACCAACACCGCCAAUCAUAAUAGCCAUAGACAACCAAGAAUUCCCUCUCCCCGCCCACCAACAAAACACCAUCUCCUUCCACAGACUCGAUAUAACCUCUACUGAAGGACUCAAAGAAUUCGCUUCAAACAUCUUAAACACACCGAUAUCCCUUAUUAUCCACUGCGCCGGCAUCAGAGGACUCGUUCCGGAAAUCGUCGCCCAACAGAAACAGGGCGACAAAGAUGUCGCCGCGACCGAGACGCUAGAGGCCAUGGACCAUGCGACUAUGAUGCGGACGUUUGAGAUCAACACUUGGGGCACGCUUAACACUGUUAGAACGUUCUUUCAGAACCUCGAACUCUCUGCUGCUCAAUCCGCAUCGAAACCUAAAGUUGUCAUCUUAUCUUCUCGAAUGGGCUCCAUAUCCGCGAACACGGCGGGCGGCGGGUACGCGUACCGAGCCAGUAAAGCGGCGCUCAACGCCGUGGUAAAAAGUCUGGUUAUCGAUAUACCUGAUGUGCAAUUUUUGAUGCUGCAUCCUGGAAGAGUAGAAACGGGGUUAGUGGAGUGGAAAGAAGAAGGGGCGAUUGGGGUCGAGGAGAGCGUGAAGGACUGUAUGAGGGUUUUGGAAAAGAUGGAUGAAGAAGGGUGGGAGAGUGGGAGGUUGGUCGAUCGUUUCGGGGUGACCAUUCCUUGGUAG